AUGGCCACCAUGACCCCGUCUACAAGGGACGACAUUGAGAAUUUCAAGCGCUUGGUCCAACACGCGCCAUUCGGCGCCGGCCUCGCGCUCAACAUUGCCCCGUAUGCGACUGACCCCAUCCCUCCGCUCAACCUCCGCGGUGGCAGGAACGCAGAAGGCUGGCGGGCAGUGUACGAGGGCGUGGUGCAGCCUGAGUGGGGCAACCCAAUGGGAGCCAUGCACGGCGCAGCUGUCGCCUGGGUUGUGGAUACCUGCACCUCGGCCGCGAUUGUGGCACUGCACACCCCAGAGUUCUGGGGGCCACCAAUGACCGGCGGCGUGAGCCUGACUCUGGACACGAGUUUCUUCAACGCAGCGCCAGUGGGCACCAAGAUUCGUAUCCUGGUCACCAUGGAGCGCCUCAGCCCGACCCUGGCCAACUUGAGGUGUGAUAUCACAGAAUGGGACACUGGCCGCCGGCUCAGUUCUGGCACCCACUGCAAGACCUGGCGCCCAGCACCGAGCAAAGACAAGGCCAAGGCCUAG